AUGAGUGAGAAGAAAGGUCCUGCAGAACCUGCUCCAGGGGAUGGACUACGUUCUUUACGGACUACAGGAGUAUUUCGUGCUGUUAACUUUGAAUUAUACGCCAAACCCAAUGCAGUGAUCAUGGCAAUUGGAGUAGUAUGUAUCCUUGGAGCUACUGGAUAUAUAGCUUACAUGCGAUCAAAGUACGAAGGCAUGGGAUAUUAUUCGGCUGUCCAAUCUGAUGGUACUGAAGUCUUCACCAAGAAGCAAUCCAAGUGGGAUUGAGCUUUUCACGAGAUUCAAGUCUCCUCCAUUGAGAAAUAUAGAUAUUUUUAGAUAAAUAGAUCAAGAAGAGUGUGUAAAAGAUAUUAAAAUAAUAAAUGUUUUCUUUUUAUUUCA